CACGACCACAUCUACUCUCCUCCUAUUUUCUUCCAUAGAUUCCUGACAGUCAGGGAGUACUCUGUGGGAAUUAGCCCUGGGCAUUUGCUCAAUCCCCCCUUUUGAGUGCUGGGGCUAUGAAGAUAAGCUCACAAGGAAACCCCUGGAGCAGAACUCCCAGAACCCUGGAGCCAUUCUACUCUCUGUUCACCCUUGCAGCUGUGACCAUGAGAAUGACCCAAAACUUCUACCACACUCUCUAAUCCCAGUGCGAAUGAUUGGAAUUGCUGACUGGUGAGACUGACUGAAAAUUCUCCCAAACCCCACCCAGAAAUGUUGGCAGACAGGGACUGCCACUGUCAAUAACAGAAGUGUUGAAACUCUGAAGUCAAGGUCUUACUGGUGGUUAAAACUUCAAAGAAACAAAAGAACAGAGAAAUGUCUCAAUCUACAAGUAGAGGAUUAAUAUUUGGCAUCGUGAUGGGGACUGCUGGAAUAAGCUUGAUCAUUGUAUGGUACCAAAAAAUUCGUAAACCUGGCACAACAAUGAAUUUGCCUAAAUUUCUGUCAUUGAACGAUGAACUUCAUUCAAUGGAUUUGCAAGAGGCAGUUCAUGAUGAAAGAGGAACAGUAAUGGUCUUACAGCAAAGUCAGUUUCAGAUACUGGAGAAAUUAAAUGAUUUACUGGUGAGUGUGGAAGAACUCAAAGAGGAAGUCAGAUUUCUCAAAGAAGCUAUUCCAGAGUUGGAGAAACAUGUUCGAGUUGAACUCCGAGGGAAGACAGCUAUCCACAGGACAAGUCCUCAGCAUCGAGCCACUAGAAAGAAAAAAGCUGAGGCAGGCAGGGUUCUCUCGACUAGCAAUAGUUCUGAAGAGGCAGAAAGUGAAGGAGGGUAUGUUACAGCUCAGAGUGACACUGAAAAAGAGCAUGUAGCUGGCCAUAAGGCAAAUAAAAAAUCAGCAAAAAAACUGAGCUUACCUGUUCUUACUCAGAUGGUUGAUGACUUACAUUUAAAAGGUGAUUCUGAUAAACAGACAAGUUUUGAACUCCUGUGCAACUAUAAAAAUAAGUAUAAAGAUGAAAUUGAGUUUAUUUGGAGAUUAACUAGAGCUUAUGGGGAUAUGUGUGAUCUAUCCACAGAUGUGGAAGAAAAGAGAAAAUAUGCUUCUGAUGGAAAAGACCUGGGUGAAAGAGCAAUUUCUCAGGCUCCCAAGAAUGGAUAUUGUCACCUAUGGUAUGCUAGCUUGUGUGGCCAUGUAGCCGAGUGUGGGGGACUACAAAAUAAAAUCAAAUAUGGCCAUCUUUUUAAGAAACAUCUAGAUAGAGCAUUAGAACUUAUACCUGAUGAACCCUUUUUAUAUUACCUCAAUGGAAGAUACUGCUAUUCUGUUUUCAAAUUGAAUUGGAUGGAGAAGAAAAUGGCCUCUACUCUUUUUGGGGUGGUACCAUCUUCGACUAUAGAUGAAGCCUUGAGAAAUUUCCUGAAGGCUGAAGAGUUAAAACCUGGAUAUUCCAAGUACAACUAUGUAUAUUUGGCAAAGUGCUACAAAGAUCUUGGACAAAAAGAAACUGCUUUGAUGUAUUGUGAUUCUGCUUUGCUACUUCAUUCUAUUAAUAAAAAGGUAGUCAGUGCCGGGCAGUGUGCCAGGAUCUGGGGAGACAAAAACAAAAAAGAGAUGAAGCCUGCCUUCAGGGAGCUUACCUCUGUCAGCGGGAAGGGAGCCUGACAACAUGUGCACACACAAGAUCAUCAGGCACAGGAAGAGUUAGAACGUGUAAUCCUUUCUUUAAAGUAGAUUUAAAAACAGGAGAUUUUACUUCAGCAAACCAGAUGCAACAACUUUAAAAUAUAAAUGAUGAAAAUUCAAGUGGUCAACUAUGCAACUUUAAUAUCACAUUAUGGAUUUCUGUCUUGAUUUGGGAGAUUGUGAUUUAGAUUUAGAGGGUGAUCUUUCCCCCCUGGUGGUGAAGAAAUGUGUUUUCGAAAUGCAUUCCAUGACUGGCAGAGUCACAAAGCUAAUCAUGUUACUGGAAGACUCCAUGAGAUCUGUAAUACUAAUACCAAAUUAUUUCUAACAGUGUUGUAUUUGUAUAUUUGAUGUUCUGUUUCCUAUUGACUAAUCAGCGCCGAUUCUUUAGAGUCUCCAAGAAAAAAAAAAGAAAAAGAGAAAGAAAUAAAA